AUGUAUGGAUUCGUGAAUUACGCUCUCGAAUUGCUAGUCACCAAAACCUAUGGGGAAGAAACAUGGGAGAAGAUAAAGAAGAAGGCUGAGGUCGCAAUGGAGGGAUCGUUUUUGGUGAGGCAGAUAUAUGAAGAUGAUAUAACAUAUAAUUUGAUAACCGCUGCUGUUGAAGUUUUAGAAAAACCGGCUGAUGCCAUUUUAGAGUUGUUUGGGAUGACUUUCUUUGAAUUCUGUCAGGAUUCUGGAUACGAUAAAAUCUUGCAAGUACUCGGAGCAACGCCGCGAGACUUUCUUCAAAACCUAGAUGGCCUUCAUGAUCAUCUGGGCACACUUUACCCGGGGAUGCGAGCCCCUUCGUUCCGUUGUACGGAACGUCCGGAAGAUGGAGCAUUGGUCUUACAUUACUACUCGGAUAGGCCUGGCUUGGAACAUAUCGUGAUUGGUAUUGUCAAGACAGUUACAAGUAAACUACACAAGACUGAAGUGAAAGUGGACAUCCUGAAGACCAAAGAGGAAUGCGAUCACGUACAAUUCCUUAUAACAGAAACGUCUAACCCUGGACGAGUGUCGGUACCAGAAAUAGCUGAAAUCGAAACUUUGUCGCUUGAGCCAAAAGUAAGUCCGGCGACGUUUUGCCGGGUAUUCCCCUUCCACUUGAUGUUCGACCGCGAGCUGAGCAUCGUGCAGGCGGGCCGCACCGUGUCGCGCCUGCUGCCGCGCGUCACGCGCGCCGGCUGCAAGAUCACCGAUGUUUUGGAUACGGUGAGACCACAUUUGGAGAUGACGUUUGCGAAUGUACUCGCCCACAUCAAUACGGUGUACGUGCUGAAGACCAAGCCGGAGGAGAUGACGGUCGCUGAUCCUCAUGAUGAUAUUGCAUCUUUGCGUUUGAAGGGUCAAAUGCUGUACAUUCCAGAAACUGAUGUUGUGGUUUUCCAGUGUUACCCGAGUGUGACGAAUUUGGAUGAUUUGACGCGUCGUGGACUCUGUAUCUCAGAUAUACCUUUACACGACGCGACAAGGGAUCUAGUGCUCAUGUCCGAACAGUUCGAGGCGGACUACAAGCUAACACAAAACCUAGAAGUCCUAACGGAUAAGUUACAACAGACUUUCCGUGAAUUGGAGGCUGAGAAACAGAAAACUGAUAGGCUUCUAUACUCAGUGCUACCAAUAAGCGUAGCGACAGAACUGCGUCACUGCCGGCCGGUGCCCGCGCGCAGGUACGACCCGGUCACCUUGCUCUUCAGCGGCAUUGUGGGGUUCGCCAGCUACUGUGCCAGGAACAUCGACCACAAGGGCGCCAUGAAGAUAGUGAAGAUGUUGAACGAUUUGUAUACGGCGUUCGAUGUGCUCACAGAUCCUAAGAGAAAUCCGGAUGUGUAUAAAGUGGAGACUGUGGGAGAUAAAUAUAUGGCAGUAUCAGGACUUCCGGAAUAUAAAGUAGGCCACGCCAAACACAUUUCGCUGCUUGCUCUCGAGAUGAUGGAUCUUUCUAGAACUGUCACAGUGGAUGAUGAACCUGUGGGUAUAACAAUAGGUAUCCACUCAGGAGAGGUGGUGACGGGUGUGAUCGGGCACCGCAUGCCGCGCUACUGCCUCUUCGGCAACACCGUCAACCUGACCAGCCGCUGCGAGACCACCGGCGUGCCCGGCACCAUCAACGUCAGCGAGGAUACUUACACG